GGCGAUCGGGGUUCGGGUCGUCAACGGGUUGCGAGUUGCCGGUGGGUCGCGGGGCUGUAGGUGGAAGGGAGCGGGUGGGGGGAUUCGUUAAGGCGAACGCCCGGGCGGCGCAGCGCAAGCUUAGGCCCCCCCUUCCCCUCAGCGGGGUCCUUCGGCGACGGGGACGGAGGGAGCGGGACGGCGGCCGCGAUGAACCUGGAGCUGCUCGAGUCCUUCGGCCAGAACUACCCCGAGGAGGCCGAUGGCACGCUGGACUGCAUCAGCAUGGCCCUGACCUGCACCUUCAAUCGCUGGGGCACGCUGCUGGCCGUGGGCUGCAACGACGGGCGCAUCGUCAUCUGGGACUUCCUCACCAGGGGCAUCGCCAAAAUCAUAAGCGCUCACAUUCACCCCGUCUGCUCGUUAUGCUGGAGUCGAGAUGGUCACAAACUGGUGAGUGCUUCAACCGAUAACAUUGUGUCGCAAUGGGAUGUGCUCUCCGGAGACUGCGACCAGAGAUUUCGAUUUCCUUCGCCUAUCUUGAAAGUUCAGUACCACCCUCGAGACCAAAACAGAGUUUUGGUUUGUCCCAUGAAGUCGGCGCCAGUGAUGCUAACGCUGUCAGACUCCAAACAUGUUGUCCUACCUGUGGAUGAUGAUUCUGAUCUCAAUGUUGUGGCCUCCUUUGACAGGCGAGGGGAAUACAUUUAUACGGGCAAUGCCAAGGGGAAGAUCUUGGUCUUAAAAACAGACACUCAGGAUCUUGUUGCUUCCUUCAGAGUGACAACUGGAACCAGCAACACCACAGCUAUUAAAUCGAUUGAAUUUGCUCGGAAAGGAAGCUGCUUUUUAAUAAACACAGCAGACCGGAUAAUCAGGGUCUACGAUGGCCGUGAAAUUCUAACUUGUGGACGAGAUGGGGAGCCUGAACCGAUGCAGAAGCUGCAGGAUUUAGUGAACCGGACACCAUGGAAGAAGUGCUGUUUCUCUGGUGAUGGUGAAUAUAUAGUGGCAGGUUCAGCACGACAGCAUGCCCUGUACAUUUGGGAGAAGAGUAUUGGAAACCUAGUGAAAAUCCUCCACGGGACCAGAGGAGAGCUACUCUUGGAUGUAGCAUGGCAUCCUGUCCGACCGAUCAUAGCUUCUAUUUCAAGUGGUGUUGUAUCAAUAUGGGCUCAGAAUCAAGUGGAAAACUGGAGUGCCUUUGCACCUGACUUCAAAGAGCUGGAUGAAAAUGUAGAAUAUGAAGAGAGAGAGUCAGAAUUUGACAUUGAAGAUGAAGAUAAGAGUGAACCAGAACAGACAGGUGCUGAUGCUGCAGAAGAUGAAGAAGUGGAUGUAACUAGUGUGGAUCCCAUUGCUGCCUUCUGUAGCAGUGAUGAAGAACUGGAGGACUCCAAGGCUUUGCUUUACUUACCCAUUGCUCCUGAAGUUGAAGAUCCAGAAGAAAACCCCUAUGGACCUCCACCAGAUGCGGUUCAGAGUUCUUUAACUGAUGAGGGAAUAGGAUCCGAGAAGAAGAGGCAGUCCUCCUCUGAUGGACCUCAGGCACCAAAGAAGAAGCCCAAAACCACCAACAUUGAACUACAAGGAGUACCUAAUGAUGAAGUCCAUCCGCUGCUGGGUGUGAAGGGAGAUGGUAAAUCCAAGAAGAAGCAAGCAGGCAGGCCUAAAGGAUCAAAAGGUAAAGACAAAGAUUCUCCAUUUAAACCGAAACUCUACAAAGGGGACAGAGGUGCUUUACCUCUGGAAGGAGCAGCGAAGGGUAAAGUGCAGGCGGAGCUGGGACAGCCUUUGACAGCAGGUGGUGCAAUCUCAGAAUUGUUAUGAAGACAUUCUUCUCUAUCUUCCUGUAUUCUUUCCUAUAUUGACACCAUAAUGUGGAAAAUAGAUGAAAUGCUCAGUCAGAGUGGACUGACUAAUACAGCAGACUGAUUGUUCAUGGAUUCAGGGAGUGACUUUUGUAAGAAAUGAAUAUGGAAGAGGAAACGGCCUUCAUUCCUCCUUAACUGCCUCUUCAUCGAACAGUGUAAGAUGCUGACUCUCAGGUCAUGUGAUUUGCAAAGAGACUAAUUGGACUGCCUUUGUGUUGACAUAUAUAACUAUUUCUAAAGUGAGCUGGUACCCAACACUCUGCCACUCCAGAUCUUAUCAGCCGUUGUCUUUUAAAUAUUUUUUUGUUUUGUUCCUGGAUUGAAGAACACCCAAAGUGUGUAUUUUUAUUCCUGAUGCCGUAUGACUGUGUAUCCUGCAAACUUCCCUUUCUUUGCUGUUAAUUUUCAUUUCGGUGAGUUGUAAGUCCUUCUAUGCCAGCUGUAUUACCUUAUCAGCCUUUCUGUUAGCUCAGUGUGAUGUCUUCUAUGCUGACAUGCUUAGUGAAACACUGCUGCUGAUUAUGUGCCAGGUUUGAUUUCAUCUCAAGUGGAUAGAGAUCUAAUGUGAAGAAUCAAGACCUCCUCUGAAGUCUGCAAAGAAUGAAUCUUCAUAUUGUGAAUAUUUUAGACAUGAAGGAUGACUCUGCUUAUGGGAGGGAGAAGGAACAAGUGAAAGUAGCUCUAGAUAAAAUACUCAGUGUAUAUGCUUUCUUCUAGCCUGUGAUAUGAAAAGCUGUGUUGGCAGUUUCUUUCUGUCCUUGCAAGUGUUUUUAUUCUUUCUCUUUCCUGUGAGAUUCCCUACCAGAAACAAUUGGUUUCUUCCUUAGCUGGUAGGUACUGGCAGUUAGAGAAAAAACAGAACCAAUAUUUCUCCAAACUGAAACAGUAGUUUUUCAGUUUUUUGUCCACCCCCCCCCCCCCCCAAACUUCGGGAUCAAGAAUGGAAGAAAGAUGAAUGCUAACAGCUCAUUCCCAGCCAUGCUUUAACCUUUUAUUCCUUGAAGAUGGUUGUGAUAUUUUCCUUGUGGGAAUGGCAAGAGACACUCUCUAUCCAAUACCUACAGCCUGACACCUCCCUGUGCUAGACCAACCGCCUGUUAAAAGAAAGUUUUCAUUCCUAAUGCCCCUUGUUUUAUAGACUUUUAUAGUUCCUGUGCAAUUACUUCAGUUUUUCCCCAGAUGUAAUUAUUGAGAUUAUCACUACGUAUUUAAAUUUUCAAAGUAUCCUGCAGACAUUAAAAACCAAGAAGAGGAGUCAUAAAGAGAUUUAUUAAUUUACAGUCGGAAGUAUGCAGUAGUUGCAUGAGAUAGAAGCAUAGGAGGAGAGGAGACAUUUCAAAUCAGAAGGUUUUUUGAAACUGGUAUUUUCAUUUCCUGCUUUGGUACAGUGGCCUGCUUCAUUUAAUGAAAUCCAUCCCCUUGCGUACGGUAUUAGUUUUCUUUGUUCUUUCUGCCUGUAGGACGACUCGCAUCUUUCCUGGAACAUUGUUACGUCAAAACCACCCGUAUGUGGUGUGGCCGAUCCCACAAGCUUUAAAAGAUGCAAAGGCAAUGGUUCACUAGAUUGUUUUAAAGCAUAUGAUUUGCCACAGACUCCAGCCUUCAUUUCUGUUAAAACUUCUCUGUACAGUGUAUAUGUCCUUGGUUUAUUUUCUUCCAUCUCUUAUUUUAUUUUUUGGUAUCUGUAGUUUUGUACAAUAUUUGUCAGAUACUGGCUUGAUGGUAGUAUAUAGCAGUGAUGUUAGUUUUUGUGUUUGUAAAUAAAGAGGUAUGUUUUAUUUCCUAAAGUCAA